UCUGUUGUGUGAUAUAUCGAAAAUUUAAUUUGGAAUACGAUUACGUAGAUUAUAGAAGAGACAAUGACUAUGGAAUGACGUUACGGUUAUGUUACUUUCAUCAGUGAAUAUCUCCGAGUUAAAGUUAAUAUUCUUGUAAAAUCAAAUAAAUAUGACAAAGCGAGCUUGUCCUUACGAGGAAAAUUUACUUCCUCAAUUAAAAGUACACGUGGGGCAAAGAGAAAUUGAUAAUGGAAUUGCCGAAAAAGAACGAAUGAAGCAAGUUUAUGAUAAAACCUUGAAUUUAUUAAAAGAAGGUGUUAAAGAAUAUUCACAGAAUUCGAAUACAAGUCAAAUGGAGUUAACUGAGUUACCAUUAACAAAAAUAACUUCUCGUGAAAUGAAGCCUGAACGUUCAAAACAAAUGAUUUUAAAUAGUAAAUUGCAAUUAGAAAGCAGUGAUAAAAUCAUAUCAGAUGCACAAGUCGACCUUUGUGGAUGUUGCAGAGUAAUAGAUUCAAAUUCAACAAACAAAUGUUUUUACUGUGAUCAAGUAUUAUGUACCUUUUGUUUAUGUCAAUGUAUCAAAUGUUGUGAGCUAUUCUGUCAAAAUUGUUCUUUACCCAUAUAUGAUACUGAACGAAAUCAUGUGUGUCUCAAUUGUUAUUAUUGAUCAAACAUAAAAUGCUAAGUUUUAUAUUUUAUUUUCUCUUACUUUUUGUAUUAUUGCAUGUAUUAUUUAAUAUUAUUAUUUAUAUGAGAUUAAAUUAAAAAUUUGUUUGCAGUGUGGAAUAAAAUUAUAUAAUAAUAAAUGAUCAAUAAUUUUUUCAACAUU